AAAAAAGCAAGUUUCAAAUCACAUCGUUAGGCCCAUAGCCGCUUGGCGCUGUCGUCUUCGCCUUCUUCCUCUUCUCUCUCUUUCUUUAUUAGUGGAGAAUUCGCUGGAAGUAGAACAACAUAUCAUCGAUUCUUCUUUGGAGAUCUGUGAAAGAGAGGAUAUCAACGAGCGGCAUAAAGUGAUCAUCACGGGUUUCGUAUGUGUGAAGUGAAAAUGCUGAAGCGAGGAUGAAGUUUGCUUCGGUGGAUGCUUUAUCAGAGUUAGUGUGGUCUCCUCGUAACGGUCUUAGCCUAAGAUGUGCUGAUUUUAGUUUCACGGGUAAAAAAGCGAAACUACUCUCUCCUAGUGUCUUUGAUGAUAUAGCACAAACCAACAACAACAAGAUGGAGUCUCAUUCCAAAAGUAAUAGUAUCCAACACCAAGAAGAAGAAGCUGACGAAGUAAACCAAGCGUGUAGCGAAAAGAACAGACCAUUGUCAGGGAUUGGUGAUUCUGUUGAGGAUACCAAACCUGGAAGAGAAGAGAUGGAGACCAAUGAUGAUGUUGAAGAAGCACAGACAAGAGUAGGAACUUCCAGAAGAUCUUUAGAUAGUCCAAGAGGAGAAACGGAAGCUUUGUUGGCAAAUGAAGAGUUGGAAAGAGAUGGAACUGAGGAGGAACCAAGUAACCGUGUAGAAGCAACUGAUGAGAACGACCUCCCAAGUCCUGCUAGUAAGGCUGUGGUGGUGGCAUGUGAGCGUCUUGCCAAAGCAAAAGGGAAAGAAAAAGCUUUAUCCGAUGGGAACUUUAAUGACGAUGAGAGUUUUGGGAGUGUAGAAAGUUGCAACAGUGCUGGUUUGGUCUCAAGGGGAAGAAAGAAAAGAGCAGGGUUAGGAUUCGAGGAGCAAGGGCUGAUGAUCCUCGGAAGCAAACGGCUCAAAACGCUAAGCCAAGAAUGUUUGGAAUCAACUUCCAAGCUCAAGCAAGAUAGUUCCUUCAUGAAUUGGAUAUCAAACAUGACUAAAGGAAUCUGGAAAGGUAAUGAAGAAGACAACUCUCCUUUCGUAGCUCUUACCACCACCACAACCACAUCAGAUGCUCAGCCUGGAGUGAGCGGAUGCAGAAACACUGGUUUCCAGUCUUUUUUUCAGUCUAUAUAUUGUCAGAAGAAAAGUGAUCAAGAAGCUGUCGACGUGGACAAUGCUAAUGUAGCUUCUUUACAGGAACUUCCUGAACAAUGUCUCAUUACUAAAGGAGAUCACGUGUCUUCUUCAUCUGGCAAUGGGGUUGCUCCCGACAUUUCAUCUGGAAAAGUUGGAAUUAACCAGACAUGUGAAACGUUCUCUUCAGAGAAGAAACACGAGGAUAAAGAGACAAACAUCUCUUUGUUGCCUAAGUCCAAGCCGAGUGAAGAGCAAAAGACAUGUGGUGAAGGAGAUGAAAAAGUUGUUCAAUGUUUAACCAACAAGAACUCUGGUCUUGAUAGUUUGUGGAUAAGCCGGUUUUCUUCUAAAACUUCUCUCCCUCAGAAACAAGACCUUCGUGAGAGAAUCACUAAAGAGACCAAUGAUUCAUCUGUUCUUCCCAUAGUAUCUUCACUGAGAGUAGAGUCUUCGGAAGCAAUGGCUUCUUUGUUUGCAAGAAGAUUAGAAGCAAUGAAACACAUGCUGCCUACAUGUUCUUUAGCUGAGAACACAGAGGAAAGAGAUAGGAUUCUAAUCUGUUUCUACUGCGGUAAAAAGGGUCAUCGCUUACAGGAAUGUUUGGAAGUUACCGACACUGAGCUCAGAGAUCUAGUCCGGAACAUAAGUGCUAGUAACGGAAGAGAAGAAGCUUCAACUCUAUGCAUUAGAUGCUUUCAGCUAAGUCACUGGGCUGCAGCAUGCCCAAAUGCUCCACCGUACAGUUCAGGACCUGAAGAUAGAUCGGUGAAGCAUUCUUUAGCUUCUACCUCCGGGCGGAAACUGCCUUUCAGAGGUUUCACAGACGUGCCAAAGGCGGUCUUUGAAGCGGUUCAAGUGCUUCGGCUGACCCGCACAGACGUUCUCAAAUGGAUAAACAGCAAGAAGUCUGUAUCGGGUCUUGAAGGGUUCUUCUUGCGGUUAAGGCUCGGGAAAUGGGCAGAAGGGCUGGGAGGAACCGGGUAUCACGUAGCCCGUAUAGAAGGUGCUAAUGAGGGACAAAGCUCAAAGGAACAUCCAGUGAACAGCUCAGUCUCGGUCAAAGUUGGAGGGAUGACUUGCUUUGUUGAAUCUCAGUUUAUCUCAAACCACGACUUUGUUGAGGAGGAGUUGCUGGCAUGGUGGCGGAGCGCUGCAAAACGUGCCGGAAAAAGUGGAGUUGACGAUGUCCUGAUGGCAGAGGAACUUAGUCGGAAAAUUCAGCAGAGAAAGAUGUUAGGCUUUUAGAUAUUUGUUAAACAGAUAAUACAACAGUACUUUGUUUUGGGGAAACCUGUGUAUUUAAUUAUUUAAUAUAGGUUUUUACAUCUAUACGUUUUAUCUUUUUGGGUUGGUGGAGGAAUGUGAGAGUAUAAUAACCUAUUUCCCGGACGAUUAAUAUAUAAAAAUUAUUUUUUUAAGUA